AUGAGUGACGCCGUUCAGAUCGGAGAGAACAAGUUUAUCAGCAAGUCCACCGUCCUCUCUCACCUGAAGACCUAUAAUCUGUAUUAUGAAGGACAGAACCUGCAGCUGCGACACAGAGAGGAGGAGGAGGAGCUGGUGGUGGAGGGGCUGCUGAACAUCUUCUGGGGUCUGCGGCGUCCGAUCCGGCUGCAGAUGCAGGACGACCACGAGAGGCUGCGGCCGCCGCCCUCCUCCACCUCAUGGCACUCGGGCUGCGCGCUGGACGCUCAGGGAGUUCCACAAAAUGCUGAGCAGACAGAAGUCCCCAUCGUGGAGGUGACCUCAGCUCCAGAGCCCGACCCCGAGGACCAGGACAUCAGUGAGGAGCCGGCUGACGAGGAGAGUGACUGCAGCUCACAGCUCCUCCGCACUAAGAGCGACGCCGGAGUGUUGAGGAGGUGCCAGAGACGCUCCCCCAGCGACCAGCGCAAGAUCAGGAGGCACCGCUUCUCCAUCAACGGACACUUCUACAACCACAAGACCGCCGUCUUCACCCCGGCGUACGGCUCCGUCACCAACGUCCGUAUCAACAGCUGCAUGACCACGCCUCAGGUCCUGCGAGUUCUGCUCAACAAAUUCAAAAUAGAAAACAGCCCCGACGACUUUGCCCUGUACCUGGUCCACGCCAGCGGAGAGAGGAUGAGGCUGAGGCGCAGUGAUUUCCCGCUGUUGCUACGGGUGCUGCAGGGCCCCUGUGAGCUGGUCUGCAAAGUGUUCUUGAUGGAGGCCGACCUGGGGGAGGAGGUCACCUACGACGUGGCGCAGUAUAUCAAGUUUGAGAUGCCAGUGCUGCAGAGUUUUAUCACCAAACUCAAAGAGGAAGAGGACAGAGAAGUGCAGAAGCUCAUGAGGAGGUAUAACUACAUCCGGUGUGUUAUUGAGAAGCAGCUGAACUGUGUCCCAGAGGGCGCCACCUGCAUACCCACAGAGACCAGAGACGAUCCACGCACAGUCCAACGGCAACAGGAGAAAACACCAAAAUCUACGCAUAAUUCCAACGAGGGAAAGAGACAGAUGACAUCACUGGCGAUGCAGAGACAGUGGCUGACCGUCCCCUUGCUCCUGCUGCUCCUCGGCACCCUGCUCCCCUACACUGAGGCCCGGCGCGGGGGAGGCUUCCGCGGGGGAGGAGGGGGAGGCUUCGGCCGUGGAGGAGGCUACCGGCCCAUGGGUGGAGCGCCCGUCCAGAGCCGAGGCCCGAGCGCGGGGAAAGUGGCUGGAGCUGCGGCCGCUGGUGCGAUCGGGGGGGCCAUGAUCGGGUCUGCCCUCAGCCGACCCGGGUAUGGCGGAGGUUAUGGAGGAUAUGGAGGGUUAGGGUAUGGUGGAGGGUAUGGUGGUGGUUAUGGGGGGUACGGAGGCGGGUAUGGUGGGUAUGGUGGCGCGCCGCGAGGAGGGUAUGGAAGAGGACCUGAACCAGAGGGAUCCGGAGACAUGGACUAUUACUACAGCGCAGCAUCCAGUGGACCCCUCUUCAACAGCGUGGUGGUGGUGAUUGGCUCUGUGUUUGCCUUGCUCAUGGGCACCUGGGCAGCUGUGCUUUAG